AGGACUGACAGAGAGGACACAGGACAGGACAGGAGGACAGGACCAGCGUCUCUGCUCUUUGUGAGUGUGACAGCUCUGAGGGAGGAAACCGCCCUGGAACAGCUCCAGACAUGGGUGGAAAAGAGGACCAGAAAAAUGUACCCGAGUCCAAACUCGAACUAAACGGGGAUUUAAGUGAGAACAAGGAUGACACAAAAAGCAGAAAGACGAAGAAGAAGAAAGAAAAAGAGCCAAAGUUGUCUAUGGUUGGCCCCGUUGCUUUGUUCAGGUUUGCAGAAAACUGGGACAUUCUGAUGAUCCUUGUUGGGACAGUGAUGGCCAUUGCCAACGGCGUGGUGCUCCCUCUCAUGUGCAUCGUGUUUGGGGACAUGACAGACAGUUUUGUAAAUAGCGCCCAAGUGCCAAAUAUGAAUUUUUCAGAUAUCACCAACAUGACCAACACUCUGCAAGAGGAUAUGACCGAGUUUGCCAUCUACUACUCUAUCAUGGGAGCUGGUGCCCUUGUAGCAUCUUACUUCCAGGUUUCCCUGUGGACGGUGGCAGCUGGACGGCAGGUCAAACGCAUCCGCAAGUUGUUUUUCCACCACAUCAUGCAGCAGGACAUCGGCUGGUUCGAUGUCAAUGAAACAGGAGAGCUCAACACACGUCUCAUGGAUGAUGUCUAUAAGAUCCAAGAGGGUAUUGGCGACAAGGUGGGGAUGCUGAUUCAGUCCUUCACCACCUUAAUCGCCUCUUUUGUCAUCGGCUUCACCAAAGGCUGGAAGCUCACCCUGGUCAUUCUGGCUGUGAGCCCCUUGCUGGGCAUUUCAGCCGCAUUCUACAGCAAGGUGCUGACAACCUUCACGAGUAAAGAGCAGACUGCGUAUGCCAAAGCAGGAGCUGUAGCAGAGGAGGUGCUCUCUGCAAUCAGGACAGUGUUUGCCUUCAGUGGUCAGAACAGAGAGAUCAAGAGAUAUCAAAAGAACUUGGAGGACGCUAAGGAAAUGGGAAUUAAGAAGGCACUCACUGCUAACAUUUCAAUGGGCUUCACCUUCUUGAUGAUCUACCUGUCAUAUGCCUUGGCCUUCUGGUAUGGCAGUACACUCAUCCUGAGUGGGGAGUACACCAUCGGGAGUGUACUUACUGUGUUCUUUGUUGUGCUCAUUGGAGUGUUCACGAUGGGACAGUCCUCUGCCAACAUCCAGACUUUUGCCAGUGCCCGUGGAGCUGCUCAUAAAGUGUACAGCAUCAUUGAUCAGAGACCGAUUAUCGACAGCUACUCAGAGGAGGGCUUCAAGCCGGACUUCAUCAGAGGAAACAUCGAGUUCAACAACAUUCACUUCAGUUACCCCUCCAGACCGGACGUUAAAGUGUUAGACAACAUGUCUCUGAGCGUGGAUUCUGGACAAACCAUAGCCCUGGUGGGCAGCAGUGGCUGUGGUAAAAGCACAACAAUCCAGCUGCUGCAGAGGUUCUACGACCCUCACGAAGGAUCUGUGUGUAUCGAUGGUCAUGACAUUCGUUCUCUUAAUGUCCGCUACCUGAGGGAGAUGAUCGGCGUGGUGAGUCAGGAGCCCAUCCUCUUUGCCACCACCAUCUCUGAGAACAUCAGAUACGGCCGACUCGACGUGACGCAGAAGGAGAUCGAACAAGCUGCCAAGGAGGCCAAUGCAUAUGAUUUCAUUAUGAAACUUCCCGAGAAGUUUGAGACGCACGUCGGGGACAGAGGGACUCAGAUGAGCGGGGGACAGAAGCAGAGGAUUGCCAUUGCUCGAGCUCUCGUCCGCAACCCCAAAAUUCUUCUGCUGGAUGAAGCCACAUCUGCCCUGGAUGCUGAGAGUGAGACCAUUGUUCAAUCUGCUCUGGAUAAGGUCCGACUGGGUCGUACCACCAUAGUGGUGGCUCAUCGCCUCUCAACCAUCAGGAACGCUGAUGUCAUCGCUGGCUUCCAGAGCGGUAAAAUAGAAGAGGUGGGGACUCACGGCGACCUGAUGGAAAAACAAGGAAUCUACCAUACACUGGUCACCACACAGACGUUUGAGAAAGCCAAGGAGGAGAAGGAAGCAGAGAAUGAGACACCAGCAGAAGAGAAGAGCCCACUGAGCUUCUCUGAGUCCUCUCUCUACAGGAGGAAGUCUACAAGAGGCUCCUCCAUGACGUCACAGGGAGGGAAAGAGGAAAAAGAGAAGGAUGGCAAAAACCAGACAGAAGAGGAAGAGCACGUGCCCACUGUGUCCCUCAUAAAGAUCAUGAGUUUGAACCUCUCCGAGUGGCCAUACAUUGUAGUGGGGCUCAUCUGCGCUGUCAUCAAUGGUGCAAUGCAGCCGCUGUUUGCUGUGUUCUUCUCCAAGAUCAUCACCGUGUUUGCAGAGCCCGAUCAAGCAAUUGUCAAAGAAAGGUCCACUUUCUUUUCUCUCAUGUUUGCCAUGAUUGGAGCUGUCUCAUUUGUCACCAUGUUUCUGCAGGGUUUCUGUUUUGGUAAAUCUGGAGAGAUUCUGACCCUCAAACUGAGACUCCGGGCUUUCAAGUCCAUGAUGAGACAGGACCUUGGCUGGUUUGACAACCCAAAAAACAGCGUUGGAGCUCUCACUACGAGACUGGCCACAGAUGCUGCCCAAGUCCAGGGGGCUACAGGAGUUCGUUUGGCCACAUUUGCCCAGAACAUUGCUAACCUGGGCACCAGUCUAAUCAUCUCCUUCAUAUACGGCUGGGAGCUGACGUUGCUCAUCCUGACCGUGGUGCCCGUCUUGGUGGUGGCUGGAGCCGUGCAGAUGCAGGCGCUUGCCGGACACGCUGCCAAAGACAAGGUGGAGCUGGAGAAGGCUGGAAAGAUUGCGACAGAAGCCAUCGAGAACAUCCGAACGGUCGCCUCUCUCACCAGAGAAGCCAAGUUUGAGUCUUUGUAUCAGGAAAACCUCUUAGUGCCAUAUAAGAACUCAAAGAAAAAGGCCCAAGUGUAUGGAAUCACCUUCGCUUUCUCCCAGGCUGUGAUCUACUUUGCUUAUGCAGGAUGUUUCCGAUUUGGCGCUUGGCUCAUUGAGAAUGAACGGAUGACCGUUGAAGGAGUUUUCCUUGUGAUUUCGGCUGUCCUGUACGGUGCCAUGGCCAUCGGCGAGGCCAACACCUUCGCUCCAAACUACGCUAAGGCCAGAACGUCAGCUUCCCACAUCAUGAUGCUGAUAAACCUCGAGCCUGCCAUUGAUAAUCUUUCAGAGGAAGGAGAGAAAUUGGACACAUUUAAUGGCAAUGUGCACUUUGAGGACAUUUCAUUUCACUACCCUACACGACCUGAUCUGCCCAUCCUCCGAGGGCUGAAUCUGAAGGUGAAGAAGGGAGAAACGCUGGCGUUGGUUGGGAGCAGUGGGUGUGGAAAGAGUACCAUCAUCCAGCUGAUUGAGAGGUUCUAUGACCCCAGAGAAGGGAGAGUGUUGCUGGACGGUGUACAUGUGAAGAAUUUGAACAUUCACUGGUUGAGAUCCCAGAUAGGCAUCGUAUCCCAGGAGCCCGUGCUGUUUGACUGCUCUUUGGCCGAAAACAUCGCAUAUGGAGACAACAGCCGCACUGUAAUCAUGGAGGAGAUAGAGGCAGCUGCUAAGGCGGCGAACAUUCACAACUUUAUCGUGGACCUGCCACAGAAGUACGACACUCAGGCAGGUGACAAGGGAGCACAGCUGUCGGGUGGACAGAAGCAGCGAGUAGCCAUAGCCCGAGCCAUCCUACGCAACCCUAAACUGUUGCUGCUGGAUGAGGCCACCUCUGCACUCGACACUGAAAGCGAGAAGGUGGUGCAGGAGGCGCUGGACCAGGCCAGCCAGGGGAGGACGUGCAUCAUCGUGGCUCACCGUCUGUCCACCAUCCAGAAUGCUGACCGCAUCGCCGUGUUGCAGGGAGGAGUUGUGGUGGAACAGGGGACACAUCAACAGCUGCUGGCCAAAAAGGGUAUCUAUCACAUGUUAGUUACCACGCAGUUGGGCCAUAAUAGGGAGUAAGAGGCCAGGGAGAGGACACGGAGUGCAACACAACACAAACUAUUUUUAUUUCUCUGCAUCAAGAUGACUGUAAUUACACUCCUGUGCCUUUUACUAUCAGCCUUACACCUCACAUUUGUGUAGCUGGGUCUGAUCCUCUUCAGUGUCGUACACUUGAGUUGUGUCAAGACAAGUUAGCUGUCAGUAAAAUGUGAAGCACUGAUUAUUGUUCAUUAGUUGUCAGCUAAUUAUUGUAUUAUUCAGGGAACACACAGUAGGAAAUUAAAAAUGAAUGACCUACUAGCUGCAUUAGCUGUUUCGGGACCCCUCUGUUAAUGAUGGCCUAUUUAAAUUUUCAUUACAAACACCAUUUGUUUACUAUAGCAGGUUUAAAUAUGUGCCAUGGAAACUCUGUUGUAUUGAUUGCUCUCUCGUUGUCUCUUGUAAAAAAAAAAAAAGUAUUGUAUUUAUACUCUGUGACUGUAUGGCCAGUGCUUUCUCCUCUAAGAUGAAGCUACUGAAAGUCAACGUUCUGUUGCUGAUUUUUGAAUUUGCCACCUAUUGUGACAGCUAACAAUACUGAUUUAUUAUGCAUCAUAAUACAUUUAACUGAUCUUUGGCACUGAAAUCACCUUCUACAGAUAAUGUGCUUUGGGGAAAUUGUUUGAUGAAUACUUCGAUGAACCUUUUUGUUUGUACACAAACACAGAAUUACUAACCUUUUUCAGAAUAUGCUUCUAUAUUAAAGUUUACUAUGCAGGA